AUGUCCACUACCAAGAAGAUUGUAGUACUACCAGGUGACCACGUUGGUGGUGAAAUUACCGAGGAAGCCAUCAAAGUGCUUAAAGCCAUCGAACAAGUUGAGUCUUCCAAAGUGAAGUUUGAUUUCCAAUACCAUCUUAUCGGUGGUGCUGCUAUUGAUGCUGCUGGUGUCCCAUUGACUGAUGAAGCAUUAGAAGCCUCUAAGAAGGCCGAUGCUGUCUUGCUUGGUGCCGUUGGGGGUCCAAAAUGGGGGACCGGUGCCGUGAGACCAGAACAAGGUCUUUUGAAGAUCAGAAAGGAACUAGGUUUAUAUGCCAACUUGAGACCUUGUAACUUUGCCUCCGAACCUCUAUUAGGAUUAUCUCCCCUAAGACCAGAAAUCGCUAAGGGUACUGAUUUCAUGGUUGUCAGAGAGUUAGUCGGUGGUAUCUAUUUCGGUGAAAGAAAGGAGGAUGACGGUGAUGGUGUUGCCUGGGAUAGUGAGAAAUAUUCUGUUCCUGAAGUGGAAAGAAUCACUAGAAUGGCUGCAUUCUUAGCAUUACAACAUAACCCACCAUUACCCAUUUGGUCCUUGGAUAAGGCUAACGUUCUUGCCUCUUCCAGAUUAUGGAGAAAGACCGUGGAAGCUACCAUUAAGAAUGAGUUCCCCACUUUGACAGUGCAAAACCAAUUGAUUGAUUCUGCUGCUAUGAUCCUUGUUAAGAACCCAACUCAAUUGAACGGUAUUAUUAUCACUAGUAAUAUGUUUGGUGAUAUCAUCUCUGAUGAAGCUUCUGUUAUUCCAGGUUCUCUAGGUUUAUUACCAUCUGCAUCAUUGGCGUCGCUACCAGAUUCCAACACUGCGUUCGGGUUAUACGAACCAUGUCAUGGUUCUGCACCAGAUUUACCAAAGAAUAAAGUCAACCCAGUGGCAACCAUCUUAUCUGCCGCCAUGAUGUUGAAACUUUCUUUGAAUAUGGUUAAGGAAGGUGAAGCUGUCGAGGAAGCUGUUAGAAGAGUAUUGGAUGCUGGUGUUAGAACUGGUGAUUUGGGUGGUUCCAAUUCCACUCAAGAAGUUGGGGAUGCCAUUGCUAAGGCCGUUAAGGAAAUAUUAGCAUAA